GCAGGGAGGAGGAUGAUGACCAUGAACGGCAAGCAGCAUUUCUCCAUGCACCCGGCCCUGCACGAGCCCAAGUAUCCCGGCCUGCACUCAGGCUCGGAGGGCAUGCGCAGAGUCUGUCUGCCCGCCCCGCAGCUGCAGGGCAAUAUAUUCGGAGGCUUUGAUGAGAGCCUGCUGGCACGGGCAGAGGCUCUGGCGGCUGCUGACAGCAUUGUCUCUCACGGAAAGAGUCACCCGUUCAAACCAGACGUGACUUACCAUACCAUGAGCAGUGUCCCCUGCACCUCAGCCUCCUCUUCUUCCUCCACCACCGUGCCCAUCUCCCAUGUACCCUCCACCAUCGCCUCCCACCACCACCACCAUCACCACCACCUCGGACAGACCCUGGAGGCCGGGGACCUACUGGACCACCUCUCCACCAGCCUGGCCGUGACAGGGAUGGGUGCUCCGGAGCCUCCCGGGAUGACGCCGGCGCACCACCACCAGCACCCUCACCACCACCUGCAGACCAUGGGGCAGCUGCACCAGGCGAUGGCAAACAUGGCCCACCCUCACUCCCUGUCCGUGCACGGCGGCAUGGCGUGCGUCAACGACGUAGAGUCGGAUCCCAGGGAGCUGGAAGCCUUCGCCGAGCGGUUCAAGCAGAGGAGGAUCAAACUCGGUGUGACCCAAGCGGACGUCGGGUCGGCGCUGGCCAACCUCAAGAUCCCCGGAGUGGGGUCAUUGAGCCAGAGCACCAUCUGCAGGUUCGAGUCCCUCACCUUGUCCCACAACAACAUGAUAGCGCUCAAGCCAGUUCUCCAGGCCUGGCUGGAGGAAGCCGAGGCUGCGUAUCGGGAGAAAAGCAACAAGCCGGACCUUUUCAACGGGAACGAGAGGAAAAGAAAGCGCACUUCCAUCGCCGCGCCGGAGAAACGCUCUCUGGAGGCUUACUUUGCCAUCCAGCCGCGGCCCUCCUCGGAAAAAAUUGCGGCCAUCGCCGAAAAACUGGACCUGAAAAAGAAUGUGGUUCGAGUGUGGUUUUGCAACCAGCGGCAAAAACAGAAACGAAUGAAAUACUCUGCGGUGCACUGAGUUUCACACAUCAUGAAUAACAUAGCCUACUACAUUUUUGAUCGAGUGAUUAAUAAUAGCCUAAGUAGCCUAACUAACAGGGAUUUAUCAACAGCUCCUCACUGGGAUUAUCUAAAAAAAAAAAGACUUCAGUUUUUCAUUUCGUGUCACUCACUCUUCGUUGUUGCACUUUUUUCGAUUUUGUUAUUGAAAUGGGACUUAUAAAAGACUGUGUUAUAGAUCUGUGAAAGGGGUGAUUAUUAUGUUGUUGAUUAUGUAUCUUGCACACAUGAAUUUCCAGCAUAAAUCCACCCUGACUGUUUGUCACAUUCAGGGAUAUUAACUCACUUUUUUUUUUUAAAAAAAAUCAUAAAAUGGAGUUUAUGGGCUGUUUUAAUUAUCAGUGGUGUUACACUAAUGCUAAAUGAAGAGUGGGUCUCUUGAAAAAAAGACAAUUGUGUGAAAAGAUAGUUCAAUUUGUUUCUAUUAUUGGUUGAGAUCAGAGUUUAUCCUCCACAUCACUGGCUCACAACCGUGUUCUCACCUGUUUUAUCUUGGGGAGUUUUUUUUAUCCAUAAGUUCAGACAUUAGUGGAAUGAUGAAGGAUUCAAAAAUCCACCCACCUUUUUAAACCAACACCACGAUUUUUGCAAACGAAUCUGCUCUUUCCGUGAACUGUGUAAUAGUAAUUUACGCACAAAAAAAAGAAAAAAAAAAAGAAUACCUACAAUAAUACUUUCACAUGGUAUAUGACACACUGAGUCUGUUUAUCUUUAUUUAGAAAUGGAAAUGACACUGUCAUAUAUGAAGCACAUCCGUGUGGCUUUGGCUGCUGCUAUAUUUGAGUAUUUUGAUGUGAACAUGUUUUUGGAGCAUUACAGGUGAGCUAUAUAUUUAUAUAGCCCAGAUAUAUACACAGUAUAAAGGCCUACAUCACCUAAUUUAAGUAUUUAUUUAUUUAUUUAUUUAUCCUCACUCUUGAUUUCACUUGGAAAAAAAAAUGUGUGAAGUUUAAACGUAAUAAAUUAUUGGUUAUUUUCUAAAAUUCCUCUGAAGCAGCGACUUUGUUAUUUUUGUGCUUUAUUAAAUUGUAUUAUUUUAAUCCUGAGGCGACGGCCUGAACAAGGCCUAAAAAGGCAUUAAAAAAAGAAAGAGAAAAAGCACACAGAGCGUUUUCCUCUGAAAAUUAUGAAUUCUUAUCAACGCAUCAAUGGGCGAUAAAACCUUUGUAAACUGUUUGUUUUACGGGAACUCACCCGACUGUUUUAUUUAUGAAUUCCCAAAGCUCUACUGGGAUGAAAUAUGUAUUGUCGUAUAUGAUAUAAGCACCGCGGACAAUACAUUUGCACAGUAAUUUUCACACCGCUGAAUUCGCGUCUCCUACACGCCACUAAUGGCCCCUUUCCUCUCUAAUUAGUGCCGUUUUUAAUUAUGGAUGCCCUCGUGUCACCGGGUUAUGUCGUGCAUGGGUUUUGAAAUUAUUAAGUCAUGACGAUGCAAUAUUAAUUAUAUAUUGGUAUAAAACGAAGUAAUGUGGAGGAGUUGGGAGUAGAAGUGUGACUGGGAACUCUGGUGACUCCAGGGAGAGAAAAACAGGAUACACAACAGGUUGACCGAGGAAAAAGGAAAAUUAUGGUAUUAGUUUCCUUGUUUGUUUGUUUUUCUCGUUUGACAAAGUAAGUACUUAUCCUUAAUUAUUGUUGUUAUUA